UUGCAUUUAUCCAAGUUGAUAUAAACACAAGCUUUCGUGUAUAUGCAUACCGAGUUAUUUACUAUGCGGUUGUUUCCUUAAUACUGAAAUGCGUAACCUAAAAUCUGCUAGCGUGUCGAUUAGUCGAAUUUGGUUUUUGUGUAUUGAUUUGUCCAGCACAGCUGAUACGGAUUCAUAGGAGAGUUGAAUAAUUGAGUGGAAUCAAAGUGAAAAUUUAAAAUGAGCGUCUGGUUUGAAUCUCCGGCCAUUUCUGUGGAGGAGGACUGUUUGGAUUCUCAGGAUGCUGGGGAUAACGCAUCCGAUGUGGAAUUACCGCUAGAAAUUUUGGAGAAGAUAUUACAGUUGAUGCCGGCAUCCCAUCAUCCAUCUUUAACAAGCGUCUCCAAGAGAUGGCAAAGCAUCGUAGCCGAGCCUCUUUUAAAACGGGAAGUGAUCAUAAACUCGGACCACUUCGACACCGCCUGGAAAACCCAUUAUCAGGAUCUCUUUGUUCUGAAAAUCUUCGCCGACAUGGAGCCGAUCGUGCAGGCAUACGAGCAUAUCCUGGCGCUGUGGAUCAUGCGCUUUGUCGGGCAGCAUACCCGCACACUGUGCCUGGCCAACGAACUAUGCAACAAGGCCCACCUGGUGUGGCCGCGGCUGCGACGCCUGCUAAGCGAGCAGUGUCCCAAACUGCGAAAGGUGAUCUUUCAGACCGGCCAAAUCCGUCUGGAUGUAUUAUGCAGUAUGCCGGCGACGGUGGAGUUUGUAGGAUUAGAGGAAUGCCGGGUGGUGAAACGGCACCCGGUGGAAGGCUUUACCGAGUGUGUACUAGCUAUGAAAGGUCACCAGCGGGUGUCCAUUGAUCUGCGCCGGAUAUCCGCUGGCAAAGUGGAAGAGUACUUGCGGAGUGUGCAUAGGAAUCACCGAACCGAUCGUAAAGACUCCUGCUAGCUUUAAUUUGCUUUGUUUUUUAUUAAGUUAACCAGUGAAACCAAAGUUGUACAUUUAUUUUGCAGCAGUGUAUAUGUAGUCUCGCAGAAACAUGGCAUUACUGUCGCAGCGGAAACUCGAAAAAACAGAAUGCCUAGAAAAGUCGUACAACACGAUUUUGAAUCCAUUGACUAAAUAAAGUUGUACAUACAGGUAUUAUAUUUUUG